UGGCUUGAAGCUUAAGGUCAGAGAAAUCGAAACAGAGAGAGUGCCACCAUUUUCGUGUUUUCAUGUCGAAGGCCGCCUUGCCUUCGUGCAAUUUCUGCAUCCGCCGUACGGUGUUUCUGCGCAUCGGAAAGCCUUCGUCUUCCACGCUUCCACCGUUCCAACUUCAAUGGCGUCGUCCCUUUCUGUCUUCUUGGAACGGCCGUUGACUCACAUUCUUCUCGUACUAGUUUUCGCUCAGUGCGCGAUUGGGUGCUACACAUCCAUCAUCAGCUUCGGCGAUUCUCUCGCCGACACCGGAAACCUACUUCUCCAAUCGCCCUCCGAUAAGCCCCCUCCUCACUUCGCCUUACCUCCCUAUGGAGAAACCUUCUUUCACCGUCCCACCGGCCGAUUCUCCGACGGCCGUCUGGUCAUUGAUUUCAUUGCCGAGUCGCUUGGAUUCCCAUUCGUACCACCGUAUUUUGAAGUUAAGAGUCGAAGUGGAAGCGGUAGGAAUUUGGGGAAAGGUGUGAAUUUUGCGGUGGCUGGAGCUACGGCGCUGGACGUCGAGUUCUUCAAAGAAAGAGGGAUCCGCGUAGGCACUGAUUGCAACCUGGGGGUUCAGUUGGGUUGGUUCAAAGAUUUUUUGCCCUCAGUUUGCCUCUCUUCUUCCCCAAAUUGCAGUGAGAUACUUGGCAGCUCUCUUGUUCUUAUGGGAGAGAUUGGAGGCAAUGAUUACAACUAUCCCUUCUUUCAAGGGAAAAGCUUUGAAGAGAUUCAGUCAUUUCUGCCUCUAGUUGUUAAUGCCAUUGCCUCAGCCAUCAAUGAAGUGAUCAAGCUUGGGGCAGUGACAGUUGUGGUCCCUGGGAACCUACCAAUUGGAUGCUCAGCAGCCUAUUUAACUCUUUUUCAAAGCUCAAAGAAGGAAGAAUAUGACCCUGUAACUGGUUGUUUAAAUUGGUUAAACAAGUUUGCUGAAUACCACAAUGAACAGCUUCUGCUGAAGCUAAACCAAAUUCGAGAUCUUCAUCCUCAUACCAAUAUAAUCUAUGCUGAUUACUACAAUGCUGCAAUGCGGUUUUAUCGUUCCCCGAACCAAUUUGGAUUCACGAGAGGAGCUCUUACAGCAUGCUGUGGAGGGGAAGGUUCUUACCAUUACAAUACAUCAGUAAAAUGUGGCAAUCUGCUUGCAAGUGUUUGUGAUGAUCCUUCCGUUUAUGUUAGCUGGGAUGGUUUGCACUUGACAGAAGCUGCAUAUAGAUGGAUUUCCAGUGGUUUAUUGAAAGGGCCAUACACCACUCCUCGCAUUGAUACCUCAUGUGUUUCUGUGGCCACAAAUGCUGUGUAUUCGAUCUGAUUAAUGAUUGCAGAGAGAUUACAGCUGUGUUUUACCUGUCUUGACACUUCUGUGCAUUUCUUGCUUUGAAGAUCAAACAACUUUGUGGGUUUGCUCAAUAAUUAAAUUUACACAACAAAUAAAGCAUUGCGUAAUGCAUAUAAAUGAUUCCUUAUUAA